GGAGCGGAUCCGGGGCAACGCUCCGCGUCGCUCGUCCUAGACGGUGGUCUGCAGCGUGCGGUGGCGGAGCCCUGCAGCGGCCAUGGGGCUCUCGACGAUCAUCCUCGGCGCUGGCGUCGUUAUGUGCAUGCUGAAGAAUGCCGCGCCUGUUGUUAUGAAUGGAGCGACUCCCGUCGCAGGGAAAUGCGUCAUGUACGGGGAGUGCAACGUCGACGAGAAAGGCAUGAAGCAAAACUGCGCUUACUCCGGUCCGCCAAAAAACAUGACCGACGUCAGCGGGAGGGAACGACUACGAGCGGACUGUCCAAACUUGUUCGACGAAAAUGGUGACGCCUUCGUGUGCUGCAGCGAGGCCCAGAUCGAGACCUUGCACGACAACCUCCUCAAGGCGGCGGGGAUCUACAGCCGCUGCCCCUCCUGCUUCCGCAACUUCUUCAACAUGUUCUGCGAGGUGACAUGCUCGCCGACGCAGGCAGAAUUCAUGGAGGCCGUGGAGACGAAAACGAAUGCCGCGGGGACCAAGUACGUGACGGAACUGAAUGUCUACACGACCCAGGACAGCAUGGACGGCUUGUUCGACUCUUGCAAAGGCGUUGUCAUGCCCCAGAACGGCAAGUACGCCACCGACAUCGCAUGCGGUGCGUACGACGCCUCCACCUGCACCACCGAAAGAUGGUUCAAAUAUAUGGGAGAAGACAAUCCGUUUUCUCCCUUCCCAAUUAAGUUCGUGACGUCGAGAGGCAUUUUCAACGACAUGUCCAACAAGGUUAUGAAUAUCGUCCGCUGCAACGAGAGUGCUGAUGCGUCUUCCGAUCCGUGUUCCUGCGUGGACUGCCCCAUGAGCUGCCCGAGCGACGACGGCUCCCUGUUCAAGCCCAGCAAGUCCGUGUUCAUCAAGGUCCUCGGCGUGGACGUGUUCGUCCUCGCCGCCGUGCUGGCCUACGUCGUGGUCCUCGUUGCGACGGCCGCGCUCGUGCGCUGCCAAGUCCUUCGCAGGCGAAAGCGACAAGAGCUGGCCGCAGACCGGGCGUCGAUAUCUGCGGCUCCCGAAAACUUCUCCCCGACCAGCGGAAAAGGAACCUCGAAGCCAAGCCGACUCGAGGAGUGGGGCUACAAGUGGGAGAACGUGCUGGAGGAUGGCUUCAGACGUCUUGGUUUCGUGUGCGCGUCCAACCCGCUCAUGGUGUUCUUCCUGGCGUCGUGGCUGCUGGCCGUGCUCAUUUACAACGUGGGCAGCGUGCAGGUGGUUUCCAACCCGGUGCAGCUGUGGGCGUCGCCAACGUCCCAGAGCAGGAGAGAGAAGGACUACUUCGAUACACACUUCGGGCCGUUUUACCGCGCAGAGCAAAUUUUCAUCAAGGCGGUGAACCUGCCCGAGAUCAGCCACGAGAUGCCUCAGGGGACAGUGAACUUUGGCCCAGUGUUCGAUAAGGAUUUUCUUCUUCAAGUGCGGGAGCUCCAGAUGGCGAUCCAAGACCUUGGCAGGGAGGAGGGCAUGCCUCUGGAAAGCGUCUGCUUCGCCCCGCUGCAGAACGACUUCACCGGCCCCGUCACUAUCGACAAGUGCACCAUCAUGACGAUCUGGGGCUACUUCCAGAAUUCCGUCGAGAAGUUCAACAAAGAGGGGGAGAAGAACGGGUUGAAAACCAACUACCUAAACGUAAUUUACGACUGCCUUCAGAACUCAUACGAUCCGUCGUGCCUCGCACCGUUUGGAGGCGCCGCGGAAAACCUCCUGGUCGUUGGUGGCUUCUUGGAUGAUGCCAACAAGACCAUGGUGCAGGCCAACGCGCUCGUGCUCAACUUCAUCGUCACCAACCACGUGAACCCGGAGGACAACAAAGUCGCGAUGGAAUGGGAGCAGAAACUUAUUAACUUUCUCAUGGACUGGGAAAAGACGAAGAAACCAGAAAACAUGGACAUAGCCUUCAUGAUGGAGCGGUCCAUCGAAGACGAGAUCCAGAGGGUGUCCAAGACCUCGCUCGGCAUCAUCAUGGCUUCCUACGGAUGCAUGUUCCUCUAUGUGGCUCUGUCUCUGGGACGCGUCACUUCGUGGGCCAGGGUCUUGGUUGACAGCAAGAUCAUCGUAGCUGUCUGCGGCGUGGCGACCGUAGCGUUGUCGGUCCUGGCGGCCAUAGGCUGGUUCGCCUACCUCCAGAUUCCCGCCAUUCUCUUGACCUUGGAGGCCGUGCCGUUUCUCGUGCUCGCCGUGGGCGUGGACAACCUGUUCAUCGUGGUGGGCUGGCACGAGCGCCUGCUGGACCUGGACAACAACCCCAAAGCCAGGCCCAGCGCCGCCAGGGUGGCUGCCACCCUCGGCCACGCGGGCCCGUCCAUGCUGCUGUCCACGCUGGCGGAGGAGGCCUGCUUCCUGGUCGGGUCCCUGUCGGACAUGCCGGCCGUCAGGUCGUUCGCACUUUUGUCCGCCGUGGCGCUGGUCAUCAACUUCCUGCUGCAGGUGACGGUGCUGGUGGCCGUGCUGGCGCUGCACGAGCGCCGCCUGCUGUCGCGCCGCUUGGACGGGCUGUGCUGCCUGGCCGCCACGGCGCCGCCGCCCGGCCACAGCGGCCGCUUCGUGGAGCGCCUGUUCAGGCGCGUGCUGGCGCCCUUCCUGAUGAGGCGCAGCGUGCGCGUCGCCGUGCCGCUCGCCUUCGCCGGCAUGCUGCUCGCCACCCUGCCCUGCCUGCCGCGGGAGAAGAUCGGCCUCGACCAGUCGCUCUCCAUGACCAGGGACUCGUACGUCUUCAAGUAUUUCGAGUUCAUGAAGGAUGUGCUCUCAAUCGGGCCACCGGUGUACUUCGUCGUGACGGAGGGCCUCAACUACACGAAGCCCGAGCACCAGAAUCUCAUUUGCGGAGGCAUUGGCUGCCGAUCGGACUCCUUGUUGACGGCGAUCACGGCCGCGUCGAAGACGCCCGAAUGGUCCCACAUUGCCCGGCCGGCCUCGUCUUGGAUAGAUGAUCUCUUCGACUGGACGACCCUGGAAACGUGCUGCAAAGUGUUCGCGAACAAUGGCUCUUUCUGCCCACAUGACCGCCAGAGCCCCGAGUGCAACACUUGCGCGGUGUCCCUGGAGGGUUCGAGCAAGAGGCCGUCUGGGCCGGACAUCCGGAAAUUCCUCCCUGGAUUCCUGAUGGACAUUCCGGACGCAGACUGCGCCAAAGCAGGCGUCGCGUCCUAUUCCACGGGCCUGAACUACGUCUUGGACGAAUCGGGCCUGGCGGACAUCGGCGACUCGUACUUCAUGGGCUACCACACGCCGGUGCGGACGUCGCCGGACUUCUACGAGGCCAUUCGGGCGGGGCGGAAAAUCGCAGAACAGAUAGAAAAGAAGAUAAACUCAGAACUGCAACUGGAGAAACACGUCAGCGUAUUCCCCUAUAGCGUGUUCUACGUGUACUACGAGCAGUACCUCAGCAUAGUGUGGGUCAUGGCGGGGUCCAUGCUGCAGUCGCUGUGCCUGCUGUUCCUCAUCAUGACCCUCCUCAACGGCUUCGACUUGGUGGCCUCGUCCAUCGUCAGCGCCAUCGUCAUCGUGAUGCAGCUCGAGAUGGUGGCCGUCAUGUACUUGUGGGGCAUCGACCUCAACGCCCUGUCCGCCGUCAACCUGGUCGUGGCAAUGGGGAUCGCCGUCGAGUUCAACUCGCACGUCAUGCACGCCUUCCAGAAGUCCACCGCGCCCACGCGCAUCGCCCGGGCGCAGGAAGCCCUCGUUGACAUGGGCGCCUCGGUCUUUUCCGGCAUUUUCCUCACCAAGUUCUCUGGCAUCGUUAUCCUGGCCUUCGCUCCGGUGCAAAUCAUGGAAGUCUUUUACUUCAGAAUGUACCUCACGAUGGUCAUCCUCGGCGCCCUGCACGGACUCAUUCUCCUGCCAGUCGUUUUAAGCUUCGUUGGUCCGAAAGUGAACCCAGCUCGACUACAAGACAUCGCAAACUGGCAGCGGCAAGACGCACUUCUAAAUGGCGGCCCUGACACUGCUUCAAAUUACACGAGGCAGUAAUGUCUUCAGAGGCGCACAAUAUAGGUCGACUGAUUGUAGUACAUUUUCUCACGAAAGCCGGCGAAGCAGCAUCUGCACCAAAACUCCGAAGAAAACAGGGAUCCUUAACUUAGCAUUUAGCUAACACUGCUUUCAUAACGCAACAUUUAAAAAAAAUGUUCGCUAAAGGUUAAGGAAGGGUACGGACUGUUGCAAGUACUCCCUAGAAUAUCGCCACACGAACUCGAGAAACAAGAAAAAUAAAGUCAGAAGUUACGUGUUAUAACUUUGGCUUGUACGAUAACGUCACGAUGCCGUUUUGAGGUAAGUUAAGGAUCCCUGCAAGAAAAUGAAAGGUAUUUGCUUCGUAGUGCGAAGGAUUUGACUACAUGACUCGAGGCUUUUUUUUCGUACAUUUUACGAAGCCUUCGUUUUCAUCGUAUUACGAAACCUUCCUUUGAGUUAAGGGGGGACAUCACUCCAAAAUGAUCAAAAAUUGCAACUUUUUUUUAUUAGUUUAUAUUAUAGACCAUUCCUUUCUGCGUCGAAUGGUGAAAA